GAAGCACUGGAUAAUUUGCCGAUUCACUCUCAAUGAAGUGUUUACAAAAAAUGCAUCGAACUCUGGUGCUCGUUAUUUCUGCUGUGAUUUAUAUUUGCCAUGGGAUAGAAAUUAAUCCAGAAUGCAGCCAGCUGGGUCAAUUCUUGACACUGACUAAUUUGGAAACAGGAGUAUACGCCCUUCGAAAUGAUUCCCUAUUUAACUGGAACAACGCAGAAUCCUUCUGCAGGUCGCACAACCUGACAUUGAUUACUUUGAAUUCAGAUACCGAAUUUCGAGUAGUAUGGCCAUAUUUAAACGCAAAUUUUUGGACUUCGGCAUCCUACGACCAGACUAGCGAAGGUUUCUUCUGGGGAACAGGAGAAUCACUUCCACUGAGCUCCAGCUUUUGGGCCGACCAGGAACCGAACGAUUACCUCAUAGCCGGGAGAAAUGCAUGUGUCUUUGGCGCCAACCUGCAACUCUCGGACGAGGACUGCCGCAAACCAAAUGGUUUCUCCUGUGAAUUGCCGGAGUAUUGCUACAUUUGAAUAAUUUAAUAUUAAAUUUCUCGUGAUUAGUUUUGGUUAUCAUUACCUACCCAUUGAAAAUAUCAAAAAUUUAAGUGAUGAAACAAUUUGUAAAAAUACUUAAAGGUUAAAGAAAUAAUAACGUCCUAUAUUCAAACUAACGGAA